CCUGGGGCAAAACUAUAACUUUUCAGAUAAUCCGUUUAUCAAAAAAACACUUUUCAGAUAAGCCAUCUUCUGGAUUGCCAAUACAAACUCUUCACUUUUCAUAUCAAAUGGCAGAAACAACCAUAAAUCCGGGGAUUAAGAGGAUUGCAGUUGUAACCGGAGGCAAUAAAGGGAUCGGAUUUGAGAUAUGUAGACAGUUAGCUUCAAAUGGGGUCAGGGUGGUUUUAACUGCUAGAGAUGUAAGGAAGGGCAAUGAAGCAAUUGAAAAACUCAAGGCUGCAGGAUGCUCUGAUGUGGUUUUUCAUCAACUAGAUGUGAUGGACCCAACUACCAUUUCUUCUUUGGCAGAUUUCAUCAAAACCCACUUUGGGAAGCUUGACAUAUUGGUAAAUAAUGCGGGGAUUAAUGGAUCCAUAAGCAACCCAGAGGAACGAAGAAAAGUUAGCGCUGAGCAAAUUUUUGGUCCAAAUGCCAUACCUCUGAAGGAAAUCAUGAAGCAAACGUAUCAAACUGCUGAGGAUUGUUUGAGAACAAACUACUAUGGGACCAAGCAAGUAAGCGAAGCACUUAUUCCGCUUCUUCUAUUAUCCAGUUCGGGAAGAAUGGUAAAUGUCUCCUCCAUCUUGGGGCAAUUAAAGCUUAUUUCAAAUGAGACUGCAAAGAAAGAAUUAGGAGAUGUUGAUGAUCUCACAGAAGAGAAAGUGGACAAGGUGGUAGAGGGAUUUCUAGAAGAUGUCAAGGAGAAUUUGAUUGAAACCAAAGGUUGGCCUAUUAAUAUUUCUGCUUACAUAGUCUCCAAGGCAGCUCUUAAUGCAUACACAAGGGUUCUAGCAAGGAAGUACCCCAAAAUAGCAAUCAACUCCGUGAAUCCUGGAUAUGUCAGCACAGAUUUGAACCACAAUAGUGGAUUUUUGACUGUUGAAGAAGGUGCAAAAGGUCCUGUGAUGUUGGCUCUGAUGCCUGAAGGUGGGCCGUCUGGCCUCUUCUUUGAUCAAAUGGAAGUAUCAACCUUUUGAAUAAGAAAUAAUGCUACCCAAUGAGUACAUAAGGGAAGAAACAUGGAGAAUAAAAAUGUGUGUUGGAGAGAGUUGGAAGUCUAAAGGGCUUAAACUUGUUUCUUUUGUAUUUGGUGGCCAUCAAUCAUCAUCCUUCUAUUGAUGUUAGGUUGAAGUAAAGUUUAAAUAUAAGUAGGGUUUGGGCUAGAGUUUGGCACACAAGUUCCUCUUGAAACAAAUCAACAAAAUUCAGGAAACAAGUUCUUUGUUGACCUAGUGUCUAUUAGUCUAUCGAAGGUCCACAGAGACUUUCAACUUGGAGUUCGCACAACCUAGAACAUGCUCACAUGACUGAGAAUUUGAAUUUUGUUUGACCAAGAUUGAAUCCUCACACAACCAAAAUACUUGGAUGCACACUACUUUGAAAUUUCAACUGCAACAUUCAUUACCUUGCUUACAAAGCAAAUAGAGGCCCAAAUAUACAUGGAACUUUUUCAUCAUGGAAACAUAAAAAUACUAACAAAACUCUUUCUUGGAUUAAGCUUCAUCUCGUACUUCCAAAGGGUAUCGAAGGUCUCCAGGAAAUCAUCUAGGUGGAGUUCGAUUUGUUAACUUUUGACAAGCACGUCAUCAACACAUACCUCAAUUUGUCUUUCAGUCUAGUCCUUACGCAAUGCAUUAACAAAGUUUAUGGUUGAAAAUGAACAUUUUAAUAUUUAGGGAUGAAAAAUGAAAUCCAAGCAAAUUUUAAAGAUGAUAACAAUGUUUUGGCCAAAUAACUAAUAUUUCAUUAUGUCAUUA